GUUAACGAUAGCUCACAGCCCCUAAAGUCGCCGUCAUUGCUUAAAGAAAUAAACACGAUAUCCGAUGGCCGAAUCACCUCCUCAGUCUCCAGGCUCAACAGCAGAAGAAAUGCGUGAACCUACCCCCGAUGCACCUGCCGCGGGAACCAAUCCCGAUUCCGCCGUGGCAAACACCACCGCCGGAGGAGACUCGGCAGCAGCCCCAACGGCUCUAACGAAGCCAAAGAAAAGCACCAAAAAGAAACGCCGUCCAGCCCGUCCGCAAGUUGACCCGUCAACCUUCAAAGGCGGCGAAAUCCCUGCUCAAACGGGUACGGUGUUCAAUAUUUGGUACAACAAAUGGUCUGGCGGCGAUCGCGAGGACAAGUACAUAUCCAAGAGCCACGCUGAGGGCCGCUGCAACAUUGCUCGCGACUCAGGAUACACAAAGGCCGAUAAAGUCCCUGGAAGCUACUUUUGUCUAUUCUUCGCGAGGGGAUUGUGCCCUAGGGGUGCCGAUUGUGAGUACCUUCAUCGAUUGCCGACGGUUACGGAUCUUUUCAACCCAAACGUGGACUGCUUUGGUCGGGACAAGCAUUCCGAUUACAGGGAUGACAUGGGUGGUGUAGGAAGCUUCAUGAGACAGAAUCAUACCCUUUACGUUGGUAGGAUUCACGUCAGUGAUGAGAUAGAGGAGAUUGUCGCAAGGCAUUUCGCAGAAUGGGGGCAAAUCGAGAGGAUUCGAGUGCUCAAUUCUCGUGGUGUUGGAUUCGUCACAUACUCCAACGAAGCAAACGCUCAAUUCGCGAAAGAAGCAAUGGCACAUCAGUCUUUGGACCAUAAUGAGAUCCUGAACGUUCGCUGGGCCACAACAGAUCCCAACCCUAUGGCGCAAGCACGUGAGAAGCGACGCAUAGAAGAACAGGCUGCUGCUGCUAUUCGGCAGGCUCUCCCCGAGGAGUUCGUUGCUGAGUUGGAGGGGAAGAAUAAGGAUGCUUCGAAAAAGAGAAGGAUCGAAGGUAGUUUUGGGCUGAAGGGAUAUGAGGUUCCGGAAGAAAUAUGGUAUGCUAGAGGGCCCAAUGCUGUUAACCCAGCUGGACGAGGGGUGGAAGGACAAGUCGAUGGGCUGAUGAUAGAGCGGGCGGUCGGGAGUAAUGGUGUCGGUGAUGAGGUAGCAGACAGACAAACAAAGGAGCAAGUGGGCAUAUUUUCCAGUCAAACUUUGGAGGCGUUACGAGGCUUAAAUAGGGGAUCGAAUGGGCCGCCAAGGGUCACAAUGAAGGGAUCAAAUGUUUCUGCAGGAUUGGCUCUAGCUGCUGACUAUGGCAGCGAUAGUGAUUAGAGAUUAGAGAGUAUGUGGAGAUUAUCGCUUGGUAGCCCUUUGCUGUAUCAUACAACACCCUGUUUUUUUUUUCAUUUUUU